AACGCUUCAUCGUUCCCUGUUCUGGCAGCGAUAUCUGAUCGAGGAAAGGGCCACCACCAUGCACGGGAGGCGAGCAGCACCGCCGCCGUCGCCGACCCGGAUCGUCGAAAUGGAUCCCAGGAUCUGGAGCCUGCUGCCCCGGGAGCUGCUCGAGCACCUCCUCUCCUUCCUUCCCCUCAGGGCCUUCCUCCCGCUCCGCUCCACCUGCAAGCACUUCAACUCCCUACUCUUCGCUCCUUCCUUCGUCUCCAGACACUCCUCCUCCUCCACGUCUCUCUCCUCCUUCCUCCUCCUCUCCCACCCCAACUGCCCCCAGCACUACCCGCUCUACGACUCCACCGCCGGCGCGUGGCACUCCUCCGCCCUCUCCCCCUCCCUCCUCCUCCCCACCUCCAAGAACUCCUCCCUCAUCUCCGCCUCCAACGGCCUCCUCUGCUUCUCCCUCCCCAACUCCUCCUCCUUCCUCAUAUGCAACCUCCUGACCCGGUCCCGGCGGGAGAUCAAGUUCCCGUCCUUCCCCUUCGUCUUCGAGCUCCUCACCUUCGUCUCCACCCCGAAGCUCGGCUACCGGAUCCUCAUCCUCGCCUCCGGCUCCUCCCGGUUCGAAGCGUUCCUGUACGACUCCAGAUUCCACUCCUGGCGGAAAGUCAACGGGUUUGACCGGAUCCUGGGCGAAACCUACCACCAGGAGGGCGCGUACUUCGACGGGCGCCUCUACUUCGCGACGGCGGAGCCAUUCUCGAUCGUGCGCUUCGACCCGGAGGCCGGGACGACGGAGCGCUGCGGGCCCGAGCUGCUGCCGCCGCCGCCCCACCAGCUCACCUUCGCGAGGCUGGUGAGCGACGGCGGCGAGAGGCUGUACCUGGUGGGGGGGAUCGGGGAGAACGGGAUAGCGAGGGGCAUGAAGCUGUGGGCGCUGCGCGGCGGCGGAGGAGGAGGAGGAUUAUCGGGGAGGUGGGAGGAGGUGGAGAGCUUGCCGGAGCCGAUGUGCCGGAAAUUCAUGUCGGUGUGCUACCACAACUACGAGCACGUGUACUGCUUCUGGCACCAGGGGAUGGUGUGCAUCUGCUGCUACACCUGGCCGGAGAUUCUGUACUACAGGGCUUCGAGGCGGACGUGGCACUGGUUGCCCAAGUGCCCGUCGCUCCCGGAGAAGUGGAGCUGCGGCUUUAAGUGGUACUCCUUUCUUCCAGAGAUAUCCGCCAUGGCUUGAGGCUUCUAGGCUCGAGCUUUGUUCUAUAAAACCUCGAAUCGCAUUACAAUUAGCCUGCCGUCCCGUCUGUUGAAAUAAAUUAAAGUCGCAGUUUUUGCGCUAGUAUUGCACAGAUCAGAAUCACGACGCUCUGUUCUAUAAAAUCUCGAUUCAUUUCGUGUUGCA